CUCACUCCCCCUCUCUCUCUGAUCGAAGAACAGUUUCGGGAUUUUGUGCAAGUGGCAGUCGUGUUGUGUGGAGGAAUUUUAAAAUCGCAAAUAUCGCAUCAAAAGUGAACAACUGCACCAAAAAAACGAUGAAUGAGAACAUAACGAAAAUAUGUCGGAUAUGCCUUACCGAGGGAUCGCGGAAUAUUUUCCAGCGAACCGUUGCGCACGAUGCCCUCUACAAUGUGUCCUCGUUGAGUAGGAUUUCGGAAAAGCUGCGCUAUGUAACGCUGCUGAAGAUCGACGAAAUGGAAAACCUCCCCCCGAUGAUCUGCGACCUGUGCAUCGUGCAGCUGAACGUCGCGUACAACUUCAAGCGCCAGGCCAGCGAGUCCGACACCAAGCUGCGCCAGUACCUGAUCGAGAACGGCAUCGACAUCAUGAAGGACCCGCUCGCACUGCCCGCCCCCAUCGUCACGUCCCCUCCCGCCCCAUCCAACCCACCAACAUCGACGUCGUCGUCGAUUCUCCGACCGGCCAUCGCUGCCGCCCCCGGCAGCCGAACUGCCGCACGGGUCAACUCUACGGCCUCGUCGGCGGUGCUGGAGAUUCCCGCGAACAAUCGACUCGCGGGACCUCUGCCUCAACACGUCGUUCAGCGCCAGCUGAGACCGAUCCGGAUCAAGGUUGAAACGCCGGAAACGGCGACGGAGCGAUCUUCCGAGGGUGGGGAUUUGCUUUCUAACUCGGAGAUUUCCCCGCUGAGUUCGGUGACUGCGGUUCCGGUCGCUGUUGUGGCGGAAUCUGCCUCCCCGGAGGCGAGUAAGACCGUCACGGUGGAGAGUUCUCCUGCCUCGAGCAAGGCCAGCGCGUCGGAGCGUAACAACGGUGCCAUGGUGGUGGUCUCCAGCGAGAACGUUAGCAUGCAGGGCGAUGAGGAUUUCGUGCAGAAUAUUUUGGGAUCGAACAGUAGCCUUGCGAGCAGGCCGGCCGAAAGUGACAAGCAGUCAGAAUCGACUGCCGGCAAGGACAAGGACAGUAGCUCGUCCACGGAGCAGAGCAACAAGCGGGUGAAGGCGCUGCUGUCGAAGCUGACGAUCAACAUGGUCAACAGCGCCAAGUUCCCCAAGUCGAAGCUGCGGACGAAGCCGAAAAAGCAACCAAAGUCCGUUGCGAGUCCGGCCAUCAACAAACGCAAGCGACACACGCUGGACUACGCGCAACUCUUUACGAAACGCUCGAAGGGAAACGAUUCUUCACCGAGCGUGACGGAUUCGCCGAAUCGACGAAGGAGGAACGUUAGCAACGUGAUCAAUGCGAACAAGCUGCGCUCGCUGGGGGAGAAGAUUCGUGCGGGAAAGGAAUCGUCCACUGGUGUCAGGCGUUCGGUUGGAGACGAGCCGAAACGGCGCAAGGCCUUCGUACAGCUGGACUCGGCUGAGGUGGAACCGUCCUCAUCCCGCGUGUCGCUUCCUUGACUAAGAAUCAAACAGGAAAAAUGCUAUUGAGGAGAUUAGGUGCUAAGGGCUCUAAGCUGUUGCUAAAUUCGGUAGAGAUUAAUUGUAGGUAAAGCCGUUGUACGAUUUGCGCCUGAAAUGCUUGAUAGUUAAUUUAUUGAAUUCGUAACUUAUUUUAUUUAGUUCAUUCCUUUUUUAUUCUCUUAUAUACUAAGCACAAUACUGUAGUGAACUUGGACAUAGCUAAAGACGAGCAUUUCAGGAAAGCUCGUACAAUACUUAUAAAUUUUAGAAAAUAAGAAAAGAAUUGUUAAAAUGACACAGUUAAGGUGCAUCCGUUGCUUUAGGCGCAUAUCAAAAUUGCCUCCAGAUGAAAA